UAACUUCUCGUACGCCAAGUAGAGGACCUCACGCUGGCUUGUUGCACGCAAGUAAGAUCAAGUAAGAUCAUAUAAAACAAAAAAAAAAGGGCGUGGAGUUUAAUUGGGCGCGACUAAUAGGCACGCCGCUAAAUCGCUGUCGUGGCCAUGGGUAAGACGCCAAAGAAGGCGGCCCCUGGGGGCGAUGAGAGGAAUUUGUACGUUCGGAGGCUUAAGGCAACGACCGCGCCGUCGAGAGCUUCUGAAUCUAGCUUGCCUGAGAGACAGCGCGAGUACGAGAAUUCGAACAGGCUAAAACUGGCUGGAAUACAGAAAAGAAUACCACCUGGGCCAGGGAAGAAUUUUAAGAGCAAACUUCGUCCUCCAACAAAAAUUGAACAUCAAACAAAGCAACACAAAAUACUAUUAAAAAAUCCAGAAAUAAAAAAUACACACAUGCACCAGGAUCGGAAGAUCAAAUUGAAUGUUUCAAUUCAAAAAGAAAAUGUUACAGAAGAAAACGGUAACAACAAAGCUGCCGAAACUGAGAAAUCUGCUAUGAGCAAAGAACAUAUUGAUCAUGCCUAUGAAAAUAUUUCAAGCGAGCUUCAAACUACAAAAACUAUCCAGGAAGUAUUUGUUGUGGAGAAUAAAACUAUUCCCCAAGAAAAAGAAGUAUUAUUAGGAGAUGUUGACACUGAAACCAAAGAGGAACAAGAGGCAAAUGAUAUUAAAUUGAUAUACGAAGCGGAACCAAUUUCUUUAAGCAAUGGAAAAGAAAUAUUAGACGAUAAACAACCAAAGGACGAUGGACAGGGAGAAGAAUUACUUCCAGCACCAGAGGAAAUGAAGAAUGAUAUAAAUGAGAAAGAAGAGAUGCAAAGUGAAGCUCCAACCAACAAUGAAAGUUGUUCGGUCGACAACGUUGUUGAAUCUACAACAUCAGAAUUAUCCGAAACGUCGGAAUCCAUUAUUCAGAGCGACAUACAGAAAGAUAAAGAAAGUAUUGAUGACACUAUAAAUGAUCCAUCAUUUAUUUCCUAUGAUUCAUCUAUAAUGUUAAAAGAUGUAAAAAUUAGACUCAAUGAUUGUCUGAAAGAUAAUUUGAAGCUCUACGACGUAAGCAAUACGGAAGGUAUACCGAAUCAACUGUUAAAAGACCAGUCAUUUGGAAGGACGCUGAGAAACAUCUCGGGAAGACAUUCCAUCGGUCGAAUGCGACAUGUUACUUUGCGUGAGAAUAGGAUAUCACCGAAUAGUUCUCUUUUCGUCAAUACCUCUACUAUGUCCAUGCCACAGGAUGAAGGAAUUGAAUCUAAAAUCUUACCUUAUGGUGCUGGUUUACUAUCCGAUAGUUUCUCUAUGAAUGGUAGCCCAUUAGACAGAAAACGCAGAAUUGAAACAGGAAAUUGGAGUUCGGCGAAAAAGCAGAAAACGGAUGAAGAAAGUAGCAUUUUCAAUACAUCUAUUAAUCUAUUGAAAGGUUUACGUAUACCUAGUAUGCAGGUAUCCACACCAAAAGCUACACCUUAUAAAUUUGAAUCUACCAAGUUAGACAUUAGUGGGAUAAAAAAUGAUGACAAUAAAAUGACGGCUGAACCAAUGGAGAGUACAAAGAAAUGGUGUGUCAUCAUGUAAGCUAUCAUGACAGUCAAGGUAUUAUUAUACAGAAAAAAGGGAAAAAAUUGUAUAUUUUC